AUGCCCAGGAGCAUACGGAGCGACCCAGGAGCAUACGAGACGACCCAGGAGCAUACGAGACGACCCAGGAGCAUACGGGGCUACCCAGGAGCACCCGGAACGACCCAGGAGCACCCGGAACGACCCAGGAGCACCCGGGACGACCCAGGAGAAUACGGGGCGACCCAGGAGCACCCGGGACGACCCAGGAGCACCCGGGACGACCCAGGAGAAUACGGAGCGACCCAGAAGCAUACGAAGCGACUCAGGAGCACCCGAGACGACCCAGGAGCAUACGGAGCAACCCAGAACGACCCAGGAGCAUACGAGACGACCCAGGAGCAUACGGAGCGACCCAGAAGCACCUGA